UGUGCAUCCCAAGGGUACUACACUAGUUUGGUAUAAACUGGAAAACAAAAACAUGAAGGAAAACAUGAACCAUUGCUCUGUCUAUUAAUCUGCAGUAGAUUUCGAAGAAGAUGAGGUUUAAGCCUUCUUACUGGGUUCCUCUCAUCACUCACACCGCCCGCAUCAACAAUUUCCUCAAACAACGUCUCAGCUUCACCAGCUUCCUUCGAAAGAUACAAACCCCAGAAGCUCGAUCUUCCGUCAAUGGCGGAAGUGCCGGUAGGAACUUCUAUUUGCCUGGGGCAACUGUGGCAACCAUUGUCAUGCUAGGUGCUCUUCAUGUUCGCCGUCUCUAUGAUGAUAACAAGAUUGAAGAAAUUAGAGAGAAAGGAAUUGAGAUGGAAUUCCAAUCUGAUGUGAAAGCAUCCUGCAUGAGAAUGCUACCAUUGCGCUCCAUUUCCAGGUUCUGGGGGUUCUUAACCAGUGUGGAACUUCCAGUUUGGGUGCGUCCUUAUGCAUACAAAGCAUGGGCUCGAGCUUUUCAUUCAAAAAUAUUUGUCUGAGAUCAGACUUACAAGAAGUGGCUUUGCCUUUAGAAGAAUAUGCAUCGUUGAGGGAGUUCUUUGUCCGUACUUUGAAAGAUGGUUCCAGGCCUAUUGAUUCUGACCCACAUUGUCUGGUUAGCCCAGUAGAUGGAACCAUUCUGAGAUUUGGGGAGUUGAAAGAAGCAGGGGGUAUGAUUGAACAAGUGAAAGGGUUUUCUUACUCUGUUCCUUCACUUCUUGGUGGAACCUCCUUCAUGUCCAUGACUGAAACCGGUGCAGAUGAUCAUGGGAAAAAGAUAGGGUGGAAAGAAAAUUCUGACAUAGACGUAACUAAAAAGUCAUGGUGGAGGGUUUCUUUGGCUUCUCCGAGUGUCAGAAAUCCUGCCCCAGCAUGCCCAAUGAAGGGUCUGUUUUACUGUGUUAUUUACUUAAGGCCUGGUGAUUAUCAUCGCAUACACUCACCAACUGAUUGGAAUGUAAUCCUUCGUCGACAUUUCUCUGGUCGUCUUUUUACCGUAAAUGAACGUGCUACAAGAACAAUCAGGAAUCUUUAUGUUGAGAAUGAAAGAGUUGUGUUGGAAGGACAAUGGAAAGAAGGCUUUAUGGCAAUGGCAGCAAUUGGCGCUACAAAUAUUGGUUCAAUCGAGCUUUUCUUCGACCCAACACUCCGAACAAACAAGCCCCAGAAGAAGAUGCUACAUAUAGAACCUCCAGAAGAAAAGGUUUAUAAACAUGAUAGCACUGGCAUUUGGCUGAAGAAAGGUGAUGAGCUAGGUGCCUUCAAUAUGGGCUCCACGGUGGUUCUGGUUUUCCAAGCCCCAACCUCAUCACCAUCCGACUUCAGAUUUUGUGUCAAGAGAGGGGAAAGGAUACGGAUGGGAGAAGCACUCGGAAGGUGGUGGAAUCACAACUCUUAGAAGAAGCUCUUUUGUUAAUAUCAGAUACAUGGGGAAUUGGGGAUUAUGGUAUUCUUUUGGUUUUAUGUUGGAUUGAGAAAACUUAUUUUUCUGCACCUCUGAUCUAGUAGUUCAAUGUAUUCUCUCUAUGCACUUCGAAGAACCAAUUCAAUGUAAAGUUCUCACAACGUGGAGGGAGUAAAUGUGGAGGGAGUAGUGCGCCAACUCCGUCAAGA